CCUCCCCUCUCUCUCUCUCUCUCUCUCUCAAUACUCAUUUUCGUCCCACCAAAUGAAAUUAGGUCCUGAUCGAGAAAAAAAGUUUUUUCUCCUCACAGAAAAUAAAUGGGCAACGGUGCUGGGAAGCUUGCGGUGUGCUUCACCGGGGUGGGUCCCACCGCUGAGGAUGCUCGGCGGCGCCGGCGGAAGAGCAUGGUCAUGUCCGAUCCCCCCGAAGACCUUGGCCACUCCUUCUGCUACAUACGCCCCGAACUGACCGCCCCCAAGGUCCACUCCGAGGAGACGACGACGACGACCUCAUUUAAGUCCAUCUCCGGCGCCGCCGUCAGCGCCAACACCUCCACGCCGCUCUCCACCGACCUCUUCUACUCUCUGACCACCGCCGACCGGGCCGCCUCCGCCUUCGAGGGCUCCACCUCCUUCGCCUCCAUCCCUCUCCAGCCCAUUCCCCGGGCCCACUCAGGCCCGAUCCCCAACUCCGGACCCCUCGACAGAGGGUUCAUGUCCGGCCCAAUCGAGCGGGCCUUCUUGUCGGGCCCCCUCGACCACUUCCAACGCAGCUACUCCCAUGGCGGCCUUGCUUUCCGCCCCAGAUCAAGAAAACUCUCCCUCAUACGCGCCAUCACGCGUGCCCUCUCAAAGGGGAUGGCCCGCGGCCACAACUCCAUUGUGGCUCCUGAGAAGCAGAGCGAAUUUAAAACCGAGUCUAGCUUCGAUGAUGAUGAUGAUGUUGAUAAGGACUGUACAAUGGGAACUCAGAAUUUGCAGUGGGCCCAGGGGAAAGCUGGUGAGGAUAGAGUACACGUGGUGGUCUCCGAGGAGCACGGAUGGGUUUUCGUCGGCAUUUACGACGGAUUUAACGGCCCAGAUGCGCCCGACUAUUUGCUGUCCAAUUUGUACCCAGCCGUUCAUAAAGAGCUCAAGGGUUUGCUUUGGGAUGACAAUAAUAGCAAUAGUAAAUCUGAAAAUUUAGCGGAUUUUGAUCCUUGCACGAGCAGUGCUGGAAUAAAUGAGGACUUACGGCAUUGUAAAAAAAGGUCAAGAAAUUCAAAGAGCAAAUAUCGAGGAGUUGCUAAGAAAUGGGAGGAAAAUCACCGGACUUGGAGAUGCGAGUGGAAUAGGGAAAGAUUGGAGCUGGACAAACGGUUAAAAGAGCAGUCGGAACAAGUUGAGCAAACGAAUCACGGGGAUGUGCUGAAGGCUUUGUCAAGGGCUCUUAGGGAAACUGAGGAGGCAUAUUUUGAUGUUGCUGACCAAAUGGGGGGAGAGAAUCCUGAGUUGGCCCUCAUGGGCUCGUGCGUUUUGGUCACUUUGAUGAAGGGGGAAGAUGUAUAUGUGAUGAAUGUGGGGGACAGUCGGGCUGUCUUGGCCCGAAACAAGGGGCCCGAUCUUUGGAGCCAGGAUUUGGAGAGAAUUAAUGAGGAGACAUUAUACGAUCUUGAGUCUUUUGAUGAGGGUGUUCCAGAUUUGGUGCCGAGCUUAACUGCUUUGCAGCUCACGAACGAGCAUAGCACUUCGGUUGAGGAGGAAGUUGAAAGGAUUAGAAAUGAACAUCGUGAUGAUGCUUGUGCUGUGAUCAAUGACCGAGUGAAAGGUUCAUUGAAGGUUACUCGAGCUUUUGGGGCCGGUUUUCUCAAACAGCCCAAGUGGAACAAUGCCCUUCUAGAGGCGUUCAGAAUCGACUUCAUUGGGAGCUCUCCAUAUCUAAACUGCCUGCCCUCACUUUACCACCAUAAGUUAGGGCCAAGAGACCGGUUUCUAAUUCUGUCAUCUGAUGGCCUUUAUCAGUACUUCACUAAUGAAGAGGUUGUGUCUGAAGUCGAGCUCUUCAUUUCUUGGUCUCCAGAAGGUGACCCCGCCCAGCAUCUGCUCGAGGAGUUACUUUUCCGUGCGGCCAAAAGGGCUGGUAUGGAUUUUCAUGAAUUACUUGAAAUACCGCAAGGGGAUAGGCGACGGUACCAUGAUGACGUCUCCAUCAUCGUCAUUUCUUUGGAGGGAAGGAUAUGGAAAUCGUGUGCAUGAUUUGUAAAAAAAAAAAAAGAAUACAAUUAAAGCAAAGGUAGAAUAAUAAUGAUAGUACAAAGUUCCUGCCCCCAAUUUUGUUGUUUACUAGAAAAACCUCUACCGUGCCUACAACUAUGAGUUGAAGCUUCUUGGUUGCAUUGAAAUGUUGCAGAUAAAAAAUGAAAUUUUUCACAUCAUCUGAAAGGGAAAAUUUUCCUUCAUUACAUGCUCUCUUUUGUUUAUCUGCAUUUUGUAUUUUCUCUUUUGAUGGCUCUUGGGGCUUGGCUUGGCAUAUGCAAUUUAUCGAAUUAUUAUGGAUUGACAGUAAUUGGAUGUGGGGCGAGGAUUGAAUUUUUCAGUUGUGAAUGUGACCACAUUAUCUGGAUUUGUGUUCUUUUGUUUGCCAACAAUAUUAUGGGGCAGCAGAUGAGAUGAGAUGCAC